AAAUUAAUAAAAGAGAUUAUAAUGCAGAUAAAAUUCAUGUUAUGGCUUAUAGCCAUAUUAUCUAUGUUUGGAAUAUACGCAAAAGGAUUUGAAAUGAAUAUGACCCAAUAUUAUAAAAUGCCUUCCUUGUACAAUUUGGAUGACUAUGAUCGUUGCCUGCAAGAGUUCAAUGACUUCUCAAUGUAUUGUUUUGUACGCGCCGAUGUUAUACCCCAACGAGACAACAACAAUGAAGCUUGGCAGGCUAUUGAAGAGAUUUCCAUGUACUAUAAACAUCAUUUCCAGCAUCGACAUUUGUAUUAUGGCAUUUGUGUGCAGUGGUGUCAAUUGGAAAUCAAUCAAUUACCGGAAGAUGAGGCAAAUGAUUUGUUUAAAGGAAUAUUAGUGAAUAAUACAAAGGUCAAUAUAUAUUUAAAUUUAUUUAAAUCGGAAGAUGUCCAUCGUCAACGUUAUAAUCGCCUGCUGAAUCAAUGCAUUAACAUGAGAUUGAAGAAUUAUAAUUUAUCAGCUGAGAGUAUGAUUGAAUAUUGUGAAAGUAGUAAUAGAACCAUAGAACAAGAUUCUUGGAAUUUAACAUUUUAUGCAGCAGUGGGUCUGCUUAUACUAUUCGCCACAGCCAGCAGUUUGUUUGAUUUAUAUUUGAAGCAUAAACGUAAAGAUAAACUGUUAACAGAUCGUGAUCAUUACAAGGCAUCACCAGGAAAUUUAGCUUGCAAAAUGUGCGUGAGUUUUUCUAUAGCUCGCAAUUGGUAUCGUUUAAAUCAAGAGCCCAAUGGCAAAGUUGGCAGAGAAUUAAGAUUUCUGGAUUGUUUUAAGUUCUUCUCCAUGUUUUUGGUAAUAUUUGCUCACACUAAUUGGGUGCUGUAUGAGGGAGCCAUCAGUAAUCCUCAAGAUCCAGAGAGAUUAUUACAUACAUUGGCGGGUACUUUAUUGGUAGCGGGAUCAUUGAUUACCGUAACAUUUUUUGUUAUAAGUGGCCUAUUGUUGACCAUUAAUUGGUUGGUGGUGGCCAAGCAAAAUGAGGAAUUGUCCACGCUGCAAUAUAUUGUUUUAUUUAUUAAAUUCAAUGCAUUCCGUUAUUUAAGAUUGACCAUACCUUACGGCUUUGUUAUACUUUGGAGUGGUAUUUAUUUUGACAAUGCCGGCGGUCCUUUGUGGCGUCACAUAUUGGAGCGUGAACAAUUGUCGUGCCGCAAAAAUUGGUGGGCCAAUUUAUUGUAUUUAAACAAUUAUAUCAAUACAAAUGAACGGUGCAUGCUGCAAGGUUGGUAUUUGGCCUCAGAUACUCAAUCGUUUGUUUUGAGUUUGGUGUUUCUAAUGAUGGCCCAUAAAUGGCGCAAAGCUCGCAAUUGGAUUUUAGGCAUUGUAUUUGCCAUAUUCAUGGCUUUACCGGGAAUAGUAACUUAUGUUCAAGAAUUUCAUGCUAUAUUUAUGCCCACACCGCAAAUUCAACGUGAUUCCUUUGUGGAAAGUCGCCAAUUUAAUGAAUUCUAUGUUCCAUUCCACAUGAAUUUCGCCUGUUAUUUCUGUGGUGUUUUGGCUGCUCUUAUCUAUGAUUAUGUGUCUACGAAUCAAAUAAAGUUACGACAAAAUAAGUUAUUCCAUGCAUUUUUCUACAGUCUUAUACCCAUUGCCAUAUUGUGGAUGUUUUCCGGUCACACUUUCCUGCAACAGUAUCAUGAUGAAGAUAUGCGCUUGUGGAAUAGUUUAUAUGCAGCCAUACAGCGUAAUGUUUGGGGAAUUGGUUUGGGUAUAUUCAUUAUAGGAAUGUCAUCGAAAUGUGGAUGGAUUUUCCGUAAAUUCUGCUGCCUGCCCAUCUUCCGUAUAUUGGGUCGUUUAACCUAUGGUGCCUUUAUGGUGCAUCUGAUAAUUUCUCGUGUGGUUAUAGCAACAUUACGGCAACCAAUUUACUUUGGUACCGGAAUGAUGUUUGCCUUUAUUGUGUUCACAAUGUCCGCCUCAUAUGUAGUGUCAUUUGUAUUGGCCAUAUUACUCGAACUGCCAGUAUCAUCGUUUUUAAAAUUAUUACGAUGAUUUAUUUUAAGCUCCAUUUUUAAUGUAAGAUUAUUUAUAGAAUUUUGUUUAAUGUAUUUUUUUUUACAUAAUUUAUUUAGAUUUAGGAAUGAAAUACUCAAAUUUUUAAUAAAUUCCCAAGUAUUUAUUAAAAAGAUAA